CCAUAUUAUUUCUUGAAACCUCUACAUCGACAGUGUUCGAAAUAGACCAAAUCACUCGCACUGAUUUCAAAUGUCUAAACAGUCAUACUCCGUAUAUUGUUUGAGUCAUGAUACAAGUUUGGACCCUAGCUCUAAUGGCCCAAAGUCGAAAAUAUCAUCUCACAGUUUCCUGCUCUCCGUCCCAGCCGAUUACAUGUACAGUGAGAAUCGCGACAUGGAAUCGGAAAGUCUGAGACAUUGAGCGAGCGAGGCGCCGGGCGGAGGAGAGGCGACGGUGGUGGGGUUUGUCCGGGGCAGCAAUCUCUGUUCGGAUUCCCUAAUUCUAAAGGAAAGGUUAUGCGUUUUGCUGGUCAUCGCUUUGUAUGUUCUUCAAAUCACAAAUGUUGUAACAUCUUUAUGGUCAUCUGCACUUCUCCGCACUCUUACCACUGUAAAAGGCACAUAAGCUGUUCUGCUAAUCCAUUGGAGAACCAUCAUCCGAUUCUCGAAUCAAGUGGCUUACAAAACCGGUUCAAAAACUGGCAACAUUUGAGAAAGUGUAAAUUGACGGCAAGCACUUUCAGUCAAGCUGUUGGCUUUUGGCCCCGCCGAAGAGUUCAACUUUGGUUAGAGAAAAUCGGGGCUAUCGAACCAUUCUACGGCAACAUAGCCACUUGUUGGAGCAAUAUCAAGGAAGAAGAAGCUUUUGAGAGAUAUAGGCUUAUUACUGGAAACAAUGAUGUCUCCAUGAUUGGUUUUCAGGUUCAUCAAAACAAAUUGAAUCCAGAAGAAGAAGGUUGGCUUGCAGCUUCGCCUGAUGGGGUAAUUGAUAAAUUUAUCCAUGGUUUGCCUUCCCUAGGGGUUUUGGAAAUAAAAUGUCCAUACUUCGGUGGUGAUAUGACUAAGGCUUGGCCUCUUAGUAGAAUUCCCCUUUAUUACAUUCCUCAAGCACAAGGUUUGAUGGAGAUUUUAGAUCGAGAUUGGAUGGACCUAUAUAUCUGGACUACCAAAGGGAGUAGCCUGUUUAGGUUGUAUUGAGACGAAGAAUAUUGGAAAGCCAUGGAAAAAGCACUUUCUGACUUCUGGUGGGACCACGUGCAACCUGCUAAAGAAUUGUAUAGUCCUUCAGCGAUCACAAAUCCCCUUGCUGAACUAAGGUCACUUAUGCCAACACCUAGACAUGAAUUGUGCAGUUACCUCGUCCGCGAAAGCAGUCGUAUUGCUCUCAAUGACUCUAAGUUAAUUCUACUUGAGGUUGAUGGUAUAUUGCAAAAAUGUGAUGCAACCUUGUGUGGCCUGUAGAAUUCAUUGACCUGUACAAUUUUGUUCCACAAGUCAAAGAUUCACUUGGACUAUUCAACAGGCAGAGUGAUGUAUCUCAACUACUUGUGGUGACAUGUCAUAACAAGUUCUGUCUGAACCAUUGCAAGACGGUUGAGAGGCUUUACAUCUAACAUGUCAUAUGACAUACCUGCAGUCAUAUUACCUCAAAGUUCACAGGGGGAAGAGAUCUGAAUUGCUGCAGAAAUGGAGAUCUAAAGGUGGUGUUUUUUUAAUUGGCUAUGCUGCUUUUUCGAAAUCUGUCUUUGGGAAAAAAUAUAAAGGACCAUCAAAUUGCAAGAGAAAUCUGAUAGUCACUCCAGGUACCAGCAAAAAUAUUUUCUCAAUUCCACAUUUAUUCUGUUUUUUUUCUCAAUUCCAAGUAGGAGUAAUGUCUGGAUACACACACCUUCACCAAACAUUUUACUGGGCCUGUUUUUUUGUGUGACGCUAUCUGCACUCCACCUUUUAUUCCUACAGUUCUUCUGAUCAGUAAAUUAGUUAUUUGUGACAGAGAGUGCAUUAAGAUCAUGGCAUUGAGUGAAACAAUUCAAUGGUUUAGCAAAGGGACAAUCCUGAUCCUUCCCAUCUGACGUGCAAUACAAAAAAGUGAAAAUUUUAAGCUGGUACAUUGGUGCUAGAGAGUUUAAUUGGAAAAUGAUUGGUGAACUCCAGGGGACUUCCACCACAUGGAAUGAUUUAAUGGAAAACACAAAAGAAAACAUUAAAAAACUGCAUCAAUGCGGUGGCCAAUAAGGUAUUUGAGACGUUUUAAUAUGGUGCGUGA